GGCGCAGGUACGGGUCGGCGCACGCGGCAACGGCUGGUUAACUUUGCGGGGCCAUGGAGGGUGGCUUCGGUUCGGAUUUCGGGGGCUCGGGCUGCGGCAAGCUGGACCCGGGGCUCAUCAUGGAGCAGGUGAAGGUGCAGAUCGCUGUGGCCAACGCGCAGGAGCUGCUGCAGAGGAUGACAGACAAAUGCUUCCAGAAGUGCAUCGGGAAGCCUGGGGGCUCCCUGGACAAUUCGGAACAGAAAUGCAUCGCCAUGUGCAUGGAUCGCUACAUGGAUGCCUGGAACACCGUAUCCCGAGCCUACAACUUGCGGCUGCAGCGAGAACGAGCCAACAUGUGACCAGGAUUUUCUGGGCCUGGCCAGGCCAGCGGGCCAUCCCCACCCGUGUUCGAUUUCCAUAAAUGUGCUUUGUGAGGUGAAAAAAAAAAAA